CUCCCGGCUGGACGUGCCUGCUGCUGUGCGCCGCGCUCCGGAGCCUGCUGGCCAGCCCGGGCAGCGAGGUGAAUUUACUGGACUCACGCACAGUAAUGGGGGAUCUAGGAUGGAUAGCCUACCCAAAAAAUGGGUGGGAAGAAAUCGGUGAGGUGGAUGAAAACUAUGCUCCGAUACACACAUACCAAGUAUGCAAGGUAAUGGAACAGAAUCAGAACAACUGGCUUCUGACCAGCUGGAUCUCUAAUGAAGGGGCGUCCCGCAUCUUCAUUGAACUCAAAUUCACCCUGAGGGACUGUAACAGCCUUCCAGGAGGACUUGGGACUUGCAAAGAGACUUUUAAUAUGUACUACUUUGAGUCAGAUGAUGAAGAUGGGAGGAACAUCAGAGAGAAUCAGUACAUCAAAAUAGAUACCAUUGCUGCUGAUGAGAGCUUCACAGAGUUAGACCUCGGUGACAGAGUCAUGAAGUUGAACACAGAAGUGAGAGAUGUUGGGCCUCUAACGAAAAAAGGAUUUUACCUUGCUUUCCAGGAUGUGGGUGCCUGCAUUGCCCUGGUCUCUGUGCGUGUGUACUAUAAGAAAUGCCCAUCAGUGAUCCGCAACCUGGCACGCUUUCCAGAUACCAUCACAGGAGCUGAUUCCUCACAGCUGCUAGAAGUGUCAGGCGUCUGUGUCAACCACUCAGUGACUGAUGAGGCACCAAAGAUGCACUGCAGUGCUGAGGGAGAAUGGCUGGUGCCCAUCGGGAAGUGCUUGUGCAAGGCAGGGUACGAGGAGAAGAACAACACCUGCCAAGUAUGCAGACCUGGGUUCUUCAAAGCUUCACCCCACAGUCCAUCCUGCAGCAAAUGUCCCCCUCACAGCUACACGCUUGAUGAAGCAUCCACAUCUUGCCUGUGUGAAGAGCACUAUUUUAGGAGGGAAUCAGACCCACCUACAAUGGCCUGUACAAGACCCCCCUCUGCUCCUCGGAGUGCCAUCUCAAAUGUUAACGAGACUAGUGUCUUUCUGGAAUGGAUUCCCCCUGCUGAUACUGGUGGAAGGAAAGAUGUGUCUUAUUAUAUUGCAUGCAAGAAGUGCAACUCACACUCAGGUCUGUGCGAGGCAUGUGGCAGUCAUGUCAGGUACCUCCCCCAGCAAACCGGCCUGAAAAACACCUCUGUCAUGAUGGUGGAUCUGCUUGCUCAUACAAACUAUACCUUUGAAAUUGAGGCAGUGAAUGGAGUGUCCGACCAGAACCCUGGAGCCCGGCAGUUUGUGUCUGUAAAUGUAACCACAAACCAGGCAGCACCUUCUCCAGUCAGUAGUGUGAAAAAAGGGAAGAUAACUAAAAAUAGCAUCUCCCUUUCCUGGCAGGAGCCAGAUCGACCCAACGGCAUCAUCCUGGAAUACGAAAUCAAAUAUUUUGAAAAGGAUCAGGAAACAAGCUACACCAUCAUCAAAUCCAAAGAGACCACGAUUACGGCAGAUGGCUUGAAACCAGGCUCAGCGUACGUCUUCCAGAUCCGUGCCCGGACAGCUGCUGGCUACGGUGGCUUCAGUCGAAGAUUUGAGUUUGAAACCAGCCCAGUGUCAGUAGCUGCAUCCAGUGACCAGAGCCAGAUUCCUAUAAUUGUUGUGUCUGUAACAGUGGGAGUUAUUCUGCUGGCUGUUGUUAUCGGUUUCCUUCUCAGUGGAAGGCGGUGCGGCUACAGCAAGGCUAAACAAGACCCAGAAGAAGAAAAGAUGCAUUUUCAUAAUGGCCACAUUAAACUGCCUGGUGUAAGAACCUACAUUGAUCCCCAUACCUACGAGGACCCUAAUCAAGCUGUCCACGAGUUUGCCAAGGAAAUAGAAGCUUCGUGCAUAACCAUUGAAAGAGUUAUUGGAGCUGGUGAAUUUGGAGAAGUCUGCAGUGGACGGCUGAAACUGCAGGGAAAACGUGAAUUUCCAGUGGCUAUCAAAACCCUGAAGGUGGGCUACACAGAGAAGCAAAGGCGAGAUUUCCUGGGAGAAGCGAGCAUCAUGGGGCAGUUUGACCACCCCAACAUCAUCCACCUGGAAGGUGUUGUCACAAAAAGCAAACCUGUAAUGAUAGUAACGGAAUACAUGGAAAAUGGUUCUCUGGAUACAUUUUUAAAGAAGAACGAUGGGCAGUUCACGGUCAUUCAGCUGGUCGGGAUGCUGCGAGGCAUCGCAUCAGGGAUGAAGUACCUGUCUGACAUGGGUUACGUACACAGAGACCUUGCUGCCAGGAAUAUCCUCAUCAACAGCAACUUAGUGUGCAAGGUAUCUGACUUUGGCCUCUCCAGAGUCCUAGAAGACGAUCCUGAAGCAGCGUAUACUACCAGGGGAGGGAAGAUCCCCAUCCGAUGGACGGCACCUGAAGCAAUUGCCUUCCGCAAAUUCACAUCAGCCAGCGAUGUGUGGAGCUAUGGCAUUGUGAUGUGGGAAGUGAUGUCCUAUGGCGAGAGACCUUACUGGGAAAUGACAAACCAAGAUGUGAUUAAAGCCGUGGAGGAAGGCUAUCGCCUGCCAAGUCCCAUGGACUGCCCUGCUGCUCUCUACCAGCUGAUGCUUGACUGCUGGCAGAAGGACCGCAACAGCAGGCCCAAGUUUGAUGAAAUUGUCAGCAUGUUGGACAAGCUCAUCCGUAACCCAAGCAGCUUGAAGACAUUGGUUAAUGCAUCGAGCAGAGUAUCAAAUUUGUUGGUGGAACACAGUCCAGUGGGAAGUGGUGCCUACAGGUCAGUGGGUGAGUGGCUGGAAGCCAUCAAAAUGGGCCGAUACACCGAGAUUUUCAUGGAGAAUGGAUACAGCUCAAUGGAUUCCGUGGCUCAGGUGACCCUGGAGGAUUUGAGGCGGCUGGGAGUGACACUUGUUGGUCACCAGAAGAAGAUAAUGAACAGCCUUCAAGAGAUGAAGGUCCAGUUGGUGAAUGGGAUGGUGCCAUUGUAACUCGGUUUUUAAGUCACUUCCUCGAGUGGUCGGUCCUGCACUUUCUAUACUAGCUCUGAGAUUUAUUUUGACUAAAGAAGAAAAAAGGGAAAUUCAGAAAUACAGAAAUUUCUGUAACUGAAGGACGCUGGCUUCUGCCACAGCAUUUAUAAAGAAGUGUUUGACUGAAGUUUUCAUUUUCUUCCUAUUUGUGUCCUCAUUUUCAUGAAGUAAAUGUAACAUGCAUGGAACAUGGAAAUGGAUCUACUGUACAUGAGGUUAACCAAUUUCUUGCGCUUCAGCGAUGACAACAGCAAGCCUUCCCACCACAUGUUGUCUAUACAUGGGAGAUAUAUAUAUAUAUAUAUAUAGCACCUUUAUAUACUGAAUUACAGCAGCAGCACAUGUUAAUACUUCCAAGGACUUACUUGACUAGAGAAGUUUUGCAGCCAUUUGUGGGUCACACAAGCUGCGGUUUACUAAAGUUUACUUCAAGUCGUACUUGUCUACAGAAGUGUAUUGAAGAGCAAUAUGAUUAGAUUAUUUCUGGAUAGAUAUUUUGUUUUGUAAAUUUAAAAAAUGCUGUUACACAGCGUUAAGUUAUAGAGACUAGUGUAUAAACAUGUUGCUUGCUCAAUGGCAAAUACAAUACAGGGUGUAUAUUUUUUCUCUGUGUUACAAAGUUCUUUUAGUUUGCUCUUCUGUGAGGGUAAUACGUUACGAUGUAUAUAGUGUACAGUUUGCUACACAUCAGGUACAAGAUUGGGGCUUUCUCGAUGUUUUGUUCUUUUUCCCUCUUUUGCUUCAUUUUGUGUUCUUUUUAUGUUAACCACUAUGCUUUGUAUUUUUGCUGCUGUUUGGUUUGAGCAACAUAUAAACCUUUCAGGUGUUUUGAUUAUAUAAAUGAGGUGGAAGGAGUCUGCUUAAAUAAAGAACACCAUUCUCCGUUGUGGGCUGUGGAUGUCCCGAAGAGGUAAAGUAAAAUGGGACUUAAAACAUACAGCUCUCAUCAUCCCUCAGCAGCAUUGCAGCAUCUGUUUUCUUUGUGUGUUUCAUAAUUUGCUCCUGGUGCGCCCCUUCCUGGAAAGAGAAGAUGUGCGUGGAAUCCAUCUGCACCAGUGUUUAAACCCAGCACCGUCUCAGGGUAGCCUUUGACCUGCUCGCUUGCUUUCCUUGCUGCCAACAAGCACCCUUCAAGGCCAGGAGACAAAUCACCACGUGUUGUUAGCUAAAGAAAGGGAUUUUGCUGUUCCUCUUAUGCUUGUACGAGUCAAGUCCUGGAGGUGCAGUGUGGAUGCAUCUCCACUACCAUCCAGCAUGGAGAUUUCACAGCAUUUUCCAAAACUGUGGCCAGGAAGGUGAGGGAGGAAAUUAUUUUGGGAGCUGCACCCUUCCAUAUUGUUUUGUGGGUAUUUUCAGCUUAGACACCCUCCACAUCCCUUGGGAAAGUUGGACAGGUCAGCUGCAAAACACUCAUUCAUCUUACAAAAAUGGGUACAGACCUGGCCACUGUGGGGCAGAGCAGAGAGAGGAGUAUAAAAGAGAGCAGCCCAAUAUGGUCAUGAUGUUGGCGUCCCAUGAUGAAGAUGAUCUGUCUGAAUCUGACACUGCUUAUGUCAGUACUUGGUUGUAAAUGUGGGCUAAUGUGUACACUGCAGUUUGAAGAUGAUGUUGUCAGGGGGACCUAAAGGCAGCAGUGAGAUGCUGAGUCCUCAAAAUCUCACCACGAAACAAGUUGGGGCUGUCCUCCUUUAGCUGUAGAUGGGAGUAAUCAGGGCAGUUAAUUUGGUAUUCAUAGGUUGUUUUGUGAAGCUUUGGUGAAGAUAAGGAUUAAAGAAUUGCUCGGCAGAUGGCAAGUGUUUACUGUAGAUAUAUUGCUUCCUUAGAGGUGUUGGAUAGUAUCUUCCUUGAUAAUAACAUCGACGUAUUGACUUACUGUGUUUCCCCUUGUCCCCUGGCACUGCAGAGUAGAGCCUGAGCACCUCAUCUAAUGCCAAAAGGCAGCCAUUUUCUUCUCCCCUACAGAACCAUGUUUUGAACACCACUCCAGCUGGUUUUAAAAGUCUUUCUUCAAUUUCCUCAAAGCCCUUUGAUGAGAUUUAAUCCAAAUAACAGUUUCUAAAGAAAAAGGGUGGGGGAAGGUGUAGGAAGAGAGGGUUUGCUGUGCGUUUGUUUUUUUUUCUCAGCAGCAGGGCUCACUUUCUUUCAGCAGGGCUUCUUGAUGCAAAAUUUGUCCAUCUUGGAACAGCCUGCAUGCUUAGUGAUGUCCAAUUCUCCUCUGAGAACUGCUCUUUUUCUGAGGCACAGGCAAGGCCUAAAAGAGCAGAAAUAGGUAUGUGGGAGGGCAGGAGCACAUGCUUGCCACUCUCACCCUGCUGCCUUGGCACUUGCUGCUCAUGGGAACGUUGAGCUCGCCUGACAGCACAAGAAACAGGACAGAGCUGAGUUGCACAGUGAGACACAGCCAGGCAGCAGGGGAAGGUCUGACCAACCUUGCUUGUGUGAUUUCUCAUCCUGUUGCUUCAUUUUGUCAGCCACCAGGCCACAAAAGGUGGGGGAGAGGGAAUCAAGACAUAGCAAUUUCAGCACAUAGCAGAGAUUUGUCACAUAAUAAAUAACAUUAUUAGGCCUGUCAGCAGAGCUGUCUUGGGAUUAUUUGUGCCUCUCUGCCUGUAGCAUUUUGUAAAAUAACCCAUAGGAAGACAGAAACAACAACUCUUUUCUUUGGGAAGUAUUGUUCGGUUUCCACAUGCAUCCAUCAGCUGCAUUGAGAGAGAUUUUAGUAGCAAAUUUCAGUACUUAGCCUUUCUGCUCAUUUUGUUUGGUCAUUCAUUAACUGCUGGCUCUGUGUAAGGAUUUGGUUUGUUCUUUUUUCCAUAUUUCUACAAGAAAAUCCCAGCACCGUUUGGGGGUUUUAAAGGCAUACACAGUGCUGCUGGGGUGCACCUCAUGGAGAUGAGAAUGAUGUUCCUGAUACACUGUAGUAAUUGCCAGAUAUUGGAGCAGUCUUCAGAAUACUUUUCAGAAGGUCCUGUGGAAAAUGAACUGUCCUUAAACCAGACUGCAUAUGUAAAUAGGGUACCUACUCUCAGUUCCCUGAAUAAAUAAAUAAAUGAUCUUUUAUAUUUAUUUCAAGAGCUGUUCAUGCUACACAUCUCUUUACUAUAGGCUCUGAACUGGAAAUAAAGACAUUUUAACAAAUACAGGCCAGAAGUUACAGCUUCUACUUUCACACUCAAAUUCCAGAGUUCUGAUGACGGAGCUACCAGUGAAAAGAGAACUACAAGUACUCAGUCUGUGGGGCAACUGGACCAUUUAUUUGGGCCUCUUACGCAGAUUUAGGGUUAUAAAGUAAAGCUCCCUUUUUACCACGGUGUUUUUGAAGGACUCGGGGGGGAUCUGGCAGCACCUCUUUGAAACUUUCUACCUGCGAGCUUGGCCAGGCUGCUGUUGUUUUCACCUGCUGAGCCAGGGCACCACGAAGCACAAGUAGAAAAACUUGCCUUCAAAAGGAGUGGCAAAUGAAAAUGUAUAGCCUGAAAUCAGACAUUGUGAAUGGAUGAAUGCAUAUUUUGGUGUGCAGUAGGAGAUCACAGUAAUAUUUUUUUGGUUAUGCUCUUUGUAAGCACAGAGGGAGAUAAGGACGGUAGUUAGCUGACCUUGCCAGUUGUGUGCUGGACCUGGAAACCACGACGAGGCAGUGGUUUUCAUUAAUCAGUAAAAUUGGAGCUGUAGGUGGAUUUCCUGCCUACUGUAAGUCAAAGCAGUUUGCUUUUUUAACUCGCCAGUGCUGCUAUUGAUACACUGAAUACUUUUUUCCAGUACGUUUUGCUGCUAAUUGCGAGGAAGUAUUUCAAAGGGCUUGCGAGGUGAAGAGGCUCUCUUCAAAACAGUUUUUCAUCUUGGGAGAAGGAAGUCUCCCCAAGCAUGGCUUGUCUCCAUUCAUUGUUAUCA